AUGGAGUUAUUUGAAGAGCCUUUGACCAAUUAUGGUGGUCGUUUUCAUGGGAGCUUCCCAUUUGAAUUUGAUGAAUCUCUGCUUGUGCAGCUGGUUGACUUAACUAAUACUGUCUGGUCAGAAAUUAUUUCGUAUUGUGGUUUAUCCAUCGAUGAAGAAUCACCUGUGUUAGUGAAAGCUAUUGAACAUGCAAAUGAUGGGGAAGGCGAAACACAAGAGAAUAAUGUUGUCUGUGCUGGUUGA